UAGCUCAGUCUCACCGCGCGUAUCGUACUGCUUUCAUUCGUCUCACGUCGCGCGGCUCGUCCUGUUGUCAUCUCGUGUGCAGUGUGUCCGUACGACCGCAGGCCUAUUUAACUGUUUUUAUUUAUUCGUUUGUAAUUUAUAUAAUUGUGUCGUUAAGUUGUGCGCGUUUUUAUUUAUCGUUUGCUCUACCUGUCCGACAAUAUCGCGGUGCGUGAGUCGCCGUCACGAACCAUAGUCUCACCGUUCGGUGAAAAACUAUUCAAAUAUCCGACGAUCGUCUAGUGCGCGCGGUGAUUUUUAUCCCUCGUCGUCCCAACAAAAUCGUUUCGACAAGAAAAUAAAAUUGCCACAGCCAGCUACUAUCGUAACCGAGACCAGCACGUUUUUUCGUCGUCAUCAUCUCUACAGUAAUGGACGGCCCUCCACACAUGGGUAAUUUUGAUUUCAUAAUGGACCAUCAUCUUCACCACCACCACAGUCGCGCUCUCGAGUCGUCCGUGUCUCCGCCAGCCACUGUGGUCAUGCAACAGCAACAGCAACAGCAAUCUCUCCAGCAACAGCAGCAACAACAACAGCAGCAACAGCAACAGCAGCAGCAGCUGCCGGGCAAGGCCGAUCACAUCAAGCGGCCAAUGAACGCGUUCAUGGUUUGGGCUAAAAUUCAGCGCCGGCUCAUCGCCCACGACAACCCGAAGAUGCAUAACUCGGAGAUCAGCAAGCGUCUGGGAGCCGAGUGGAAGCUGCUCAACGAGUCUGAGAAGCGGCCGUAUAUCGACGAGGCCAAGCGGCUGCGGGCUCUGCACAUGAAGGAGCACCCAGACUACAAGUACCGGCCCCGGCGCAAGCCCAAGAUCCAGUUGCACAACAAUAAUAACAACAACAACAACAUCAGCGGCGCUCACAACAACAACGGUGGUAUGAUGCACGGGUCCGCGGGAAACAACAACUUGCACCAUCACCAUAGCUCACAUCACAAACAGGCCAACUUUCAUAGCUUUCCAGUAGUCACCAGCGGUGGGCCAGGCGGUGCCUCAAAUUUCAACUUUCCGAUGCCGUACUUCUCAGCUACCCAUCACCCGGCCCUGCACUCGUUCGAAGGUUACUCGUCGGCAGGGCUGGUCAGCCCGUACCUGAGCACAGCCAUGCCUCCGUUCGAUCCCAUUCACCUGACCAAGCUCGUGGCCCAGCAGGCCCAAGUCGUAGCACAGUCAGGCGGUGGAGGUUCCCCAUCACCGUCGUCGCAGAUGGCCGGCACGCCGCCGCCCGUCGACAUCAACGGCCUGCAGCAGCCGCUGCAACCGCACCUGCACCAGCAGCAACAGCAGCAGCACCACUUGCAGUCGCCUCACAACAAGAACGGCGGCGCGGCCGUGGUCAGCUCGUUUUACAAUCAGUUCUAUCCGCCAGGAGCCGGUUCCGGCAAGGCAGGACCGUACCCGCACCAUCCGAUGAGCAUUUUCCCGUCGCCGUUCUCGUUCUACAACAACGGCGGCGGCGCGGGCUCUGUGGACGACCACCACGGACAGCAGCACCACCACAGCCAGUCGGCCGCCGCUGCCGCUUUCGCCGUCCAGCAGCAUCACCACCAACAGUUGCAGUUGCAACAGUUGCAGCAGCAACACCAACAGCAUCUGCAGCAGCAGCAGCAGCAACAGCAACAGCAACAACAGCAGCAACAGCAGCAGCAGCAACAGGAGAGACCCGGAUCCACGUCGUCCGACAUGGAGAACGAUCCGACCAGACAAGUUCCUAACGCCACCAAUUCCAACAUCCAUUGAAAAGAUUUCGCACCGCCUACUCCGCACUACCAGUCCACUACCCUGUUCAAUUUUUUGGUAUAUUUAUUGUUUUUUUUUUUUUUAUAUAUACCUACGAAUCCGUCGAUGCCGACGUUUGAUUUAUUUUUGAUUUUUAUUUUGUGCGCGCGCUCCUUUUUCUCGCGGUACGCACGCGUUUAUGAAUUUUUCAUCAU